CCGGUAGUGCCUUGAAGAUGGCUGUCGGGGACAUUCGCGCUGUUCAGAUCUAUCGAAGACGUGUUCAGGUACUGCUGGACAGAGCGACGAAAGUGAAGCAGGGCUCCGAAAUAGAACCGCCGAUAACAGAGUCUGAUUUGGGAGAUGCAAUCAACGAAGUUGAUGACGGCGAAGAAGAGGCGUUAAAGAACCAGAGUUCCCAGCCGGCUUAUGCAGCAGUAGAGACAGCUUUCCGCGAGAAGUUUUAUCACUUACUGGCCACGACGUCUAUAAACAAGCCCGAGUUUGUUCACAUGUGGAAUCUACUUGAUGUCGUGUCUAUAUUCUCCGACAAUGAGCGAUGCGAACCCGGUCUUAUUUUCUGGCUCAUAGAGGAGCUACUCGAUAGUCAAACCAUCGACGGCUGCCGUAAAGUAUUCGACUAUUUAGAAUCCAGGCGGGAACGUAAUACGGCUAAACAUUUCAAGCAGAAGAGCUUAAUUAUUCUCCGUUCAUGCAAUGAAUUGCUGCGACGACUCUCACGAGCGGAAGAUACGGUAUUCUGCGGACGGGUGUUCAUUUUUCUCUUUCAAUCAUUUCCUUUGGGAGACAAGAGCUCGGUUAAUUUGCGAGGAGAAUAUCAUACAGAAAACGUUACAACAUUUGACGAACCGCCAAAACACAUCGCUGCCAAUGAAGGCGCCGACGAUGUAGAGAUGAAAGAUGCAGAAGCGCAAAAGCCUUCAGACAACUCAUCAAAAACGGACGCAGCUUCUCAAGGAGGUUCUGUCUCCGCCGAAAUCGAUGGUCAGCGAUCACAGCAAUCGACCGAUCACCAAGCUGAAGAUACAUCGAUUGAUAUGGACGCUUUAUAUCCGGUAUUCUGGGGAUUACAAGCGAACUUUUCGGCUCCUACGCGGCUUUUUGAUCACGAGCAUUUUGCUUCUUUCAAAAAGGGGCUCGAAUCCACCAUUUCAAGUUUCCAAAAGGUUAGCAUUGACUUGGAAAAGCGCGGUAUGACAAAGGGCUCAGAAGAAACAUCACGGCGUGGGCUGAAGCGGAAGCGGGGUGAAACCGGGCCUGAAACCGCAAAUACAUUCAACCCAAAAUAUCUCACGAGCCGGGACUUGUUCGAAUUAGAGGUUAACGACGUCGCAUUUCGAAGACAUAUACUUGUCCAGUCGCUUAUUCUUCUCGAUUUCCUAAUUUCUCUCUCACCGAAGGCGAAAGCCAAACUUGCGGAUGCUACAAAUAAAUCAGUUCUCUAUGGCUAUGUGCUUAGCGACGAAGAUGCGAAAUGGGCAAAUCAAAUGAAGUCCUCCAUCGCGAGCUACCUGCAGCAAGGUCUCGAUGGGAAGUUCUAUUAUCGCAUGGUAGAUACCGUCCUGACGAGAGAUAAAAACUGGGUCCGUUGGAAGGCCGAAGGAUGCCCACCUAUUGAGAAACCCCCAAUUCAAAUUCAAGACUAUCUAGAUACCCAGUCCUCUACUACCAAAUUAACUACAAAUAAACGGCUCCGGGCGACGCCACUUGGCUCCUUGGACCUUAAAUUCUUGUCGGAAGAAGCAAAUUUAGGCAAUCUUGAUCGCCUCAUGGAGCCUGGCAGGUUUAGAAAUCCAGGGGCCGAGUCAUACAUGCGGGGUAUCACGGACGAUGAAUUCAAUCUCGACAUGGCUCAAAACAGUGACGAAAAAGAAGAAGCUGCAAAAGCAAAAGCAAGCAAGAUAUGGAGAGUCUUACGGCUGUCCUCGCGCAGCAAGUUGAAUCGGUUCGAUAAAAUCGAAGACGGCAGAAAUUUGAAGGUCCUUUUUGAAAAUCCGCCUCCUCCGGAGAAGGCGGUUGCGGAAGCGGAAGAUGGAGCUGAUGGUCAUAAAGACGACUCGGUAAAGAAUCCGCCAACCAAGGAGAAUGAUGCUCUUACGGAGUGA